AUGCUGCGCGCUGCCGCAGGGGGCCACGAGAAGGCUAAACGCAGCAGGCUCAUCAACGUACCGAGGGCGCCCUGGGAAGACUACGACCACGAGACUUUAGGAGUAGAGUGGGGGCGUCGUAUCUUGAAUGAGGCACAAGGAGGCAACCGCAACGCACAGGUCAAGCUUGGCCAGAUGUAUUACCUUGGUCAAGGGGUUGAUGUGGACAAAGCCAGAUCUUGCUACUGGUACAUGCAGGCGGCUCAGCAGGGCGUUGCAGAGGCGAUGUAUCAGGCAAGUGGAAUGCUGAUCAACGGCGAUGGCGUGGAGAAGGAUGAGAGAUACGGCGUGCGCCUUCUUCUAGGUGCGGCGGAGGGAGGCCUCUCCUGCGCGCAGUAUAACAUCGCCGGGUUCUACUUCUUCGGCUGGCAUGGUGUCGACGUCAACCGGGUUGCCGCCAUGCGCUGGUUCCACCAGGCGGCCGAGCAGGGCCACGUGAGGUCCGCGGGCUUCCUCGGCUGGCAUCUGUGUUUAGGCAGCGUCGGGCCUGCGAACAAGGAGCAGGGCCGUCGGUGGCUGGAAUUCGCUGCGUCACACGACGACGUGGACGCGAUCAAGAGCCUGGAAAUCCUUUUUUGA